AUGAAACCACCAACAAAUCCCGCUCUUCUCCACGAUGUCGACAUCCCGACGAAAAAGGCCACAUUUGGAAUGGGAUGUUUCUGGUCAAACGACUCUUUAUUUGGAGUCACACCAGGAGUUGUCCGAACAAGAGUCGGCUACUCCGGUGGUACCACGAAAACUCCACAUUACAGAAACUUGGGAGACCACACAGAAGUUAUAGAAUUAGACUAUGAUCCCAAGACCAUUUCGUAUGAAGAUUUGUUGGAAAUGUUUUGGGCUAACCACGAAUACGGACUUACAACAAAGUUGAAAAGACAGUACCAAUCCUUGGUAUUGUACCACGAGGACGACCAACGCCAAGCUGCCGAAGAAUCAUUUAAAGAAAUGCAGGUUCAGUGCAAAGGACAACUUCGAACAGAGAUCGCGCCAGCAGGGCCAUUCUAUCCCGCUGAAGAUUACCAUCAAAAAUACAGAUUGCAAGGCCACAAAGAUUUGUGCCGCAGCCUUGGACUCGAUUCAACAAAGCUACAAACGUCACAUUUAGCAGCUAGACUGAACGGUUACCUGGUCGGAAUUGGCGGGAAAACGCAAUUUGAACAGGACGUGGUCCGCUUAGGCUUAAAUGAAAAACAGGCGGAAUAUGUGCGACGAGAGUUUGAGAGGAACGAAGGAGGGGGUCUCGCUUGUUAA